GCAGGAAAGGGUAGAUCUGCGCGGCCGCCUCGCUUUCCUCUUCCUUUUCGCCGCCGCCGCCGCCAUCAUGGGUCGCAUGCACGCUCCUGGGAAGGGCCUGUCCCAGUCUGCCUUGCCCUAUAGGCGAAGUGUGCCCACAUGGCUCAAACUUACUUCUGAUGAUGUCAAAGAACAGAUCUACAAGUUGGCGAAGAAGGGCCUAACUCCCUCACAAAUUGGUGUGAUCCUCAGGGACUCCCAUGGUGUUGCCCAAGUUCGUUUUGUGACAGGCAACAAAAUUCUAAGGAUUCUUAAAUCCAAAGGACUUGCCCCUGAUCUUCCAGAAGACCUUUACCACUUGAUCAAGAAGGCUGUGGCUGUCCGCAAGCAUCUUGAGAGGAACCGGAAGGAUAAAGAUGCCAAAUUCCGUCUCAUUUUGAUUGAGAGCAGAAUUCAUAGGCUUGCUCGUUAUUACAAGACCAAGAGGGUACUCCCACCUAAUUGGAAGUAUGAAUCAUCCACAGCUUCUGCUCUGGUGGCGUAAGACCUGUUCUAUUCACCGAGGGAUCACAUCGGUCAUUUUUUGUGUCCCGUGCAAUGCCUCUUCAGAGAAGGAUGCCUUAGAGCUGUCUUAUUUAAAAUUGGCAGAAUAAGAUGUUAUCUUGACCAUGUGAAUAAAAAUCUCUUUUUUCCACCA